AUCGGGAUUGGCUGGCCUCUUUGGGCGGUGUUCGUCGCGCGCGUGACCAUCCACUGCCAUGGCCGGGCUCGGGGCGGCAUUCCGUCGUGUGGGCGCUUUGUCCGGAGCCGGGGCCUUAGGCUUGGCCUCCUACGGGGCACACGGCGCCCAGUUCCCCGAUGCCUAUGGAAAAGAGCUCUUUGACAAGGCCAACAAACACCACUUCUUACACAGCCUGGCCCUGUUAGGGGUGCCCCAUUGCCGAAGGCCCCUCUGGGCCGGGUUAUUGCUAGCCUCUGGAACCACCUUAUUUUGCACCAGCUUUUACUACCAGGCUCUGAGUGGAGACCCAAGCGCCCAGACUUUGGCCCCUGUGGGAGGGAGCCUGCUAUUCUUGGGCUGGCUUGCCUUGGCUCUUUGAGCUUCCUUGUGUUUAAUUUCUGGGUAUUUUUUUGAGAAUUGGAACAGCGAAGGGAUUAAAAGAGAAAGGCAAAUAAAGAA